GGUAUAAAUCGCAAAUGCCAUAUGCGUUAAGAAAUCAGACAGUGCUAGACAAAUCCCCUCAAUAUUUUGCGCCACAAACCUGCGAUAAAAUCAGAAAGGAUUUACCUUCGGAUGUGCAUAUAAUUGCUAUAUUACGUGAUCCAGUCGCACGUGCUGUAUCCGACUUUGUUCACAUACAUGCUGUCCUAGAGAAUGCUAAAAAGAAAGGGUCUGGUGCCUAUGAAAAAGACGUCGCAAGACUAGAGAAAAGUUAUGACCUCGUCAGCUCUCUUGAAGAUUCUCUAAUAGAUGCCAAUGGAAAUGUAAGAAUUGAAAAUGGUAUAAUAAAAAAGGGAAUAUACGUAAACAACUUACGGUACUGGUUUAAACAAUACCCAAGAGAUCAAAUACUUCUUAUUGAUGGAAAUGAUUUAACUAAAAAUCCAUACAAAGUUAUGCAAACCAUGGAGACAUUUCUUGGACUGCAAACAUAUUUUACCGAAAAACAUUUUUAUUUCAACCCAGUAAAACGUUUCUAUUGUCUAGCUCGUCCAAUUAAUGAGUGUAUGAAAGGAUUUAAGGGUCGACCACAUCCUGUGUUGUCA